CGCCGCGGCCUGUGGUUGAGAGUUGCCGGAGUCGGUACCCGGCGCUCAAGGUUUGCCGGACCGCGGGCGGCGGAGCAGGCCGGGGGCAGCGGAGUUUACUUUAGGACGAGCGGCUUUGAACCUCUGCGCCCGUCUCCGCCGGCAGAUACCAUUGUGUAGUUUGAAUCAGGAAUGAAAUAUUCUGAAAGCUGAGAGCAGAAACCUUCUUGAUCAACAUGGAGGACAAAAGACGGCGAGCCCGAGUGCAGGGAGCCUGGGCUGGCCCUGCUAAGAGCCAGGCCAUUGCUCAGCCAGCUCCCACUGCUGAGAACCAUCUCCAACAGAGACCUGGCCAAACCUGGAUGAACAAGGAGCAUCGUCCGUCUGACAGACAGUUUGUGUUCAAAGAACCCCAGGAGGUGGUACGCAGAGCCCCAGAGCCACAAGUGAUCGAUAAAGAGGGUGUGUAUGAAAUCAGCCUGUCACCCACAGGCGUAUCUAGGGUGUGUUUGUAUCCUGGCUUUGUUGACUUAAAAGAAGCCGACUCAGUAUUUGAACAGCUUUGUCAGGAUGUUCCCUGGAAACAGAGGACUGGCAUCAGAGAGGAUGUAACUUACCAGCAACCAAGACUUACAGCAUGGUAUGGAGAACUUCCUUACACUUAUUCAAGAAUCACUUUGGAACCAAAUUCUCACUGGCAUCCUGUGCUGCUCAUGCUGAAGAACCAAAUUGAAGAGAACACUGGCCACACCUUCAACUCCUUGCUUUGCAAUCUUUACCGAAAUGAGAAGGACAGCGUGGACUGGCAUAGUGAUGACGAACCUUCGUUGGGGAGGUGCCCCAUCAUUGCUUCACUCAGUUUUGGUGCCACACGCAUGUUUGAGAUGAGAAAGAAGCCCCCACCACAUCUUGAUCACACAAGCAAAAAAAAUCAGUGCAAUGAAUGCUGUUUUCUAGGAAGAGAAUGGGGACUACACAUAUGUGGACAGAGUGAAGUUACCCUUGGCUCACGGAACCUUGUUACUCAUGGAAGGAGCCACCCAAGCAGACUGGCAGCAUCGAGUGCCCAAGGAGUACCAUUCUAGAGAACCAAGAAUAAACUUGACCUUUCGGACAGUUUAUCCUGACCCUUGAGGGGCGCACUGGUGAUGUGAGGUCUUGGAGAGGGAAGCUGUGCUGAGACUGAGCAAACCUUCCACCAUGAAGAAACUUCCGGAGACUGGUCCAGCUGCUCUCAUGGUGUGGCUGUUUGGAAGAUGUGGAUGGGAUUUGCUUCCCAGCUUGGAGUCCUAUUAAACGACAGCCUACAGUU